AAGGGCUGGCGGUGAGCGAAUGAGCGCGGAGGUGGCCGGCAGGGGUUCGCCGUUGGCGUCGGCACGGCGGCGCAGACCCACAUCGAUCGGCAGCUUUCCGGUGUGUUUUUCGCAGCGCCGGCUCGCCGAAGCCUGUGGGAGCGGGAAGGAGACUUACGGAAGCUCCUUCCCCGCUCGCCCAGCUGUGGCUGUUGUCCUCCCUGCGGCCCUGAGGAGACGGAGACUCUGAGGCUGCCCUCUUCCCUUUCUCCCUCAGCCUCGGGGAGCAGCGAUUGCUAGCGCGGGGCGCUUCUCCUGUCUGCUCCCUUCUUGCCUGGGAGUAUUGAAAACUUGUGUCCUGCCUGCACUAGCACCUAACUGGGCUGAACCCCCAGUUGGCAGCCACCAUCACCACCAGGUCGUUUUCCCUCUGCACUUGUGGCUUUUCAUUAUGUAUCGUAAAUCCAAGUGGAAGCGCGAGUACAAUCUCGAGGUUCUUGGACGUGGAGAUAAUGAGCAAAGUGUGCCACAGCUCUUGAUCAGAGACGUGAAGCUGGAGAAGCCGCUAGCUAAGCUCAUGUUUUCUCCUGAUCAAGACAAUCAUCCGUCCAAGGCACCAGUCAAAUAUGGUGAACUGAUCGUGUUAGGGUACAAUGGGUCUCUCCCAAAUGGAGACAGAGGAAGAAGAAAAAGUAGAUUUGCUUUAUUUAAAAGGCCCAAGGCAAAUGGGGUGAAACCCAGCACUGUGCAUAUUGCCUGUACCCCUCAAGCAGCAAAGGCAAUAAGCAAUAAAGACCAGCACAGCAUCUCUUACACUUUGUCUCGGGCCCAGACAGUAGUGGUUGAAUAUACCCAUGACAGCAACACAGACAUGUUUCAGAUUGGCCGCUCGACGGAGAGCCCUAUCGACUUCGUGGUGACUGACACGGUGCCGGGCAGCCAGAGCAACGUGGACACGCAGUCGGUGCAGAGCACCAUCUCCAGGUUUGCCUGCAGGAUCAUCUGCCAGCGCAGCCCCCCCUUCACCGCCAGCAUAUGUGCCGCCGGCUUCGACUCCUCCAAAAACAUCUUCCUAGGGGAGAAGGCUGCCAAAUGGAAGACAUCCGAUGGGCAAAUGGAUGGGCUGACCACCAAUGGAGUUCUUGUCAUGCAUCCUCGGAAUGGAUUUACAGAGGACUCCAAGCCAGGGGUGUGGAGAGAGAUCUCUGUGUGUGGGAAUGUGUUCAGCCUCCGUGAAACCAGAUCAGCUCAGCAGAGGGGGAAAAUGGUAAGAGUGGAGAACGAGUCGAACCAGCUGCAGGACGGCUCCCUGAUCGACCUGUGCGGGGCCACGCUGCUGUGGCGCACGGCCGAGGGGCUGGCGCGCACUCCCACCCUCAAGCACCUGGAGGCGCUGCGGCAGGAGAUCAACGCGGCCAGGCCGCAGUGCCCCGUGGGCUUCAACACCUUGGCGUUCCCCAGCAUGAAGAGGAAAGACGUGGUGGAUGAAAAACAGCCCUGGGUGUACCUGAGCUGCGGCCACGUCCACGGCUACCACAACUGGGGGAACAAGGAGGAGAGGGACGGCAAGGACCGCGAGUGCCCCAUGUGCCGCUCGGUCGGCCCCUACGUGCCGCUGUGGCUGGGCUGCGAGGCCGGCUUCUACGUGGACGCGGGACCCCCCACUCACGCCUUCAGCCCCUGCGGACACGUUUGCUCGGAAAAGACGACUGCUUACUGGUCCCAAAUCCCCCUGCCCCACGGGACCCACACGUUCCACGCGGCCUGCCCCUUCUGCGCCCAUCAGCUGGCUGGUGAGCAGGGCUACAUCAGGCUCAUCUUCCAGGGACCGCUGGACUAGCCGCGGGCCGCGACAGACCCUUCUGCCGAGCCGCUCCGCCUCUCAGCCGCCCUAUUCCUUCUCGCUGAGCUCUGCCGGCUUCCUUAAGAUGAAGAAUCGUGGGGGGAGGGGGUUUGGUCGUCUUUCUUGAGAAGUCUGGAAGGACAAGAGAGAACUCCUGGGUUGUUUGUUUUUUUUUGGUUAACCCCUCCUGACUUGCUGAAGGAAACAUUGCAGGGGGAGCUCAGAUGCCUUCUGUUUAGUGGUUUUUGAAUCACACCCACAUGGGAUUUGCAAGUUGCUUCAUUCCUUUUGUAUAUGGGAGGGUAAACAGUUCAAAGAUGAAGUUUGCAGCUGAGAUGAAAACCUUGUAAAAUACAACAUGUACAUGGACCCUUUUCUAUUUAUCUUUGUUACUGAAGAUGGUGUACAGUUGUUUAGAGGGUGGCAUGGUCGUGGUGUGGUAUAUCCAGCAGCUGGAUGUGUGUGGAGUAGCUCUGGAUGGAGAAGAAUGUGGGAUGGAGAUGGUAGAAAAAUCUUUUUUUUUUUUUUUUGUCUAAUCUAAAAUACUGAGUUCUUAGAGUAGCUAAAAUGCUUUUGAAACUAAGCAGAUGCUGGUGGUGUAGUGGGCUGCUUUAAUCUUGCUGAGAGGUAGCUAAGGAGGAGACGUCUUACAAGGUCUUUUUGGUAGUACUGCAGAUUUGGUUAUGAGAGAAUUUACCAGGCUCUUGGAAUAUGCAACUUAGUUGAAAUUAAGGGUUUUUUUCCUCCCUUCAUGCUAACUCAUCUCCUUAUUUAGCAUUAGUGAGACUUGUAAGGGGUUUCCCAGCACUUGGUGUGAGCAGAAGCUGAGAGGUGAGGCUGGUUCUGUGCCCUGCCAUUCAGGGCAGGGCAGAAGCUGAGAGGUGAGGCUGGUUCUGUGCCUGCCAUUCAGGGCAGGGCACGAGGAGAGGUGGCUGUGCCACGCACACGCGUGAGGAGCAGGGAGCCUGGCCACAGGAAAGGCCAGUGCACUGCGUCCAGCUUGGCUGCUUCAGGGCAAGUCCACAGCUUCACCUGAGCAUUCAGUUGAGCCUUUUCUUUGUCAGCUUCAUCUUUUUUUUUUCCUCCCAGAAGAAACCCACAUUGCAGAUUCCUCCGCUUUGGAGCAGAGCUGCAGUUUGCCUUUGGAAACAGUUUGAAACAUUCUGGGUGUGAAGAGAGAGGCGUCCUGAGUUCACUUGGACUGUCAGUUGUCUCCAGUUUUGACCAGAAGUUCUCUCUGUUGUUUGGUUCUCCGGCCAUGCAUGUGCUGGGCAGCCUGUAUGCUGAGUCAGCUGUCACAUACAAGGAACUGCUCUUUACUCCCUUGCCGUAGAACCCAACUCACCCGGACAUGUUCCAGGUUAGAUGCAUUAAGUAAGAAAAGUUCUGCAGCAGGAAGUCCCUGUGUCCUAGCUGUUCUAAUCAUUUUAUCCAAACUCUUCUGAUAUUGUAGUUUUAAUUUUUAUUUGCCAAUUAAUUUAUUCCAAUGCCAUGAGUAAACUUUUCAAACACACAA